AUGGACGAUGAUUAUAAUGUAUUGUUCAUUACUCUUCUCAACAAUUGUCUCAGUAGGUGCAUAAUUGACUAUAAUUGCCUUAAUAAGCAGCUUAUCAACAACGAAGGAUCAAACGUUGUUCUUCGUAACCUCUUGAUACAGUUCACCCGAGUUCAGAGGGAGAUUUUUUUAAAACUUAAGGUUAUUUUUGACCUCACGAAAUAUGAGAAGGGUAUAAACAAGCUCCUUCAGGAAAUUAACACUGACUACUUUAACCAAAAUGUUGUUCAGAAUCUCAACAGGAAUCUGUUAACUCUAACUAACCAGAUAAACGCCCCUCCUCCAAACAUAAAGCUUUCUGUUGAUCUUUACAACAACUUGAGGUAUGAAAGAAUGCCUUCAAUGAUGUCUGAAAUCGCCAAGUCUGUAAACACAUUUCCAACCAUCAAGUACUCCGACGAGGAAAUCAACUCAUGUAUCUUUAACAUAAAAUUACACUUUUUAAUACACUUUCAACAAUAUAAAAUGAGUUACUCAGAUAAAGUAGACCCUGUUGCUGAACAAACAGAAUCUGGUAAUGGAGGUUCACCAGUGGGUGAAAUUCGAUUCAUUAAUAAUAUAUGUAAUUAUAGACGGAGUAAUUACUUUGAUGUGGAGAUACUCUUUGACUUUAAAAGGUAUCAAAUUAUCCAUGUAACGGUUCUGGGUCAAACAGCCAACUCCCCGACACUUAUGGCCUACCUAAACCAGGUACUAAACACCCGAAGUGGGAACGUAUUUAUGGUCCUAGACAAUGCGAUUAUGAAUUACGUAAACAAGCUAAUUUUGCAAAACUUGUAUAAACAGACUCAGGCCUACUACAGCGCAGGUCACGUGGUCUUUAACUAUGACUAUUCAGAAGAUAAACUAGAAGUUCACUGCUUCAAGGACAUGCCAAGUUUACUUGAGUUCUCAGUAAAUGAGAAUAACAUGCCCGAGUUCAAAAUCAACAACACUUUCAAGGAAUUCGCCUACGAUAUUGACCUAAACUACUACAUUAAACAAAUACUACCAGACUCUUAA